UCUCAGUCAUCCUCUCCCGCCGUGCUGCUGAGCCUGCGACGUUAGCUGUUGGAUGACAGAAAAAGAAUAUAUCGCCUCUUUGCCACAGCCAGCCAACAGACGCACGAUGUGGAAGGGAGACAAGUGAAGCUCCGGGCCAGGUUGUGUCUCCUGUGGCUGAGGACCCGCAUCGCGUCCACAAAGAGCAAAAUAACACUUUGGUGUAAGACAUCAACCACCAACCAACCCUGGGAAAAACUCCCCUCAAUGAAGAGUCUUCUUAAAGAAAAGGAUACGUGUUUGUUUUUUCUGUCCCAAUAAAGACUGCCGGGGAGUGAGACGAAGAAAGUAAGAGAAGAAAAACAGAUUCUCCUUGAUUCCAAGGGUCCAUCCAUUUUGAGUCACUCACAGCUGAGGUCUACAGAGAGAGUAUGAGGACAAGCUGUGUUACUCCACAUCACAGCCCAACAAGAUAUGACAUAACAUGGGUCCCCUGCUGAUCACCAUGACGACCAUAAAGCUGUGUCUGUUACUGUGAGGCCUUCAUCCCUUUUCAGCAUCCAACCCUCUUUGGAAAUCCUUCCUAGCAACCACUGUUGCUUCCCUUUCUCCUGAAAAACACAACAUCCUUACCUACCUGUCCCUGGUUUCUCUCCAUAAUAAUUACAGACUCUUCAUCUUUUUCAUUUAUUUUCUUUGGCAUCAUGCAAGGUGCGUCUACCACCUCCGUUCUCCUUAUUCUUCCCUCCCUCCUUUUCUUCUCCCACUUUCCCAACGUGGUGAGUGGGGACUGCUGGCUCAUUGAGGGGGACAAAGGCUAUGUGUGGCUGGCCAUCUGCAGUCAGAACCAGCCGCCGUACGAGACUAUCCCCCAGCACAUCAACAACACAGUCCAUGACUUGAGAUUGAAUGAGAACAAGCUGAAAGCUGUGCUCUUCAGCUCCAUGUACCGAUUCACCAACCUUACCGACCUCAACCUCACCAAAAAUGAAAUCAGUUACAUUGAGGAUGGAGCCUUUGCAGGACAAGCCAACCUACAGGUUUUACAGCUAGGCUACAAUAAAUUGACAAACUUAACUGAGGGUAUGAUGAGAGGGCUCGGCCGCAUGCAAUGCCUCUUCCUCCAGCACAACCUCAUUGAGGUAAUUGCUAGCAAUGCAUUCUGGGAGUGCCCCAGCCUCAGUAGCAUUGAUCUGUCAUCCAACAAACUUGCCCGCAUUGAUCCAUCCACAUUCACCGUCCUAAUGCGUCUAAUGGUAUGUGAACUGGCAGCAAAUCCUUUCCACUGUGGAUGCGACCUUUAUAGCUUCCUUACUUGGUUGGAAUCCUUCAACAAUGUCACUCACACGUAUGACCGCCUCCAGUGUGAGACACCACAAAAGAUGUUUGGCUACCCCUUACUGAGUCCUAUUGCUGCUGGCCAUGCUGGUCGCAAUGCCAAAAACAUUUUGUACCAUCACUGCCGAGAUGGAGUUAUGAUUCCAGGAAUGACCUCUCUCCCACCAGAUCUUGAUGGUCCUUCUGGGAUCGGACCAGAGAUGUUUGGUGGUGCAGGGCCAUACCACCAGCCCACAACCUCUUCAUCAUCUACUGAACUCGUUGUUCCUAGCAUCAAGCUCCAUCAUGUCUCUUUGUCAUCAGCCUCUCUCUUUGUGCAGAUUCCAAGGCCCUUCAGCAAAAUGUAUAUUCUAACACAAUACAACCAAACAUUUGUGUCUGAUGUCAUGACUUUGAAGAACAAGAAGGAGAUGAUUACCCUCAACAAGCUCAAGCCACACAACAAUUACACCUUCUGUGUAGGAUCCAUCCGCAGCUCUCAACGUUACAACCACACUUGCCUCCAGUUUGCCACUCGGGCUCAAAAUCAGGAUGACAUGCUCCCCACACCUUCCACCACUAGCCACUACAUAAUGACCAUUGUGGGCUGCCUUUUUGGCAUGCUCAUUGUUUUAGGUCUUGUCUACUAUUGUCUGCGUAAGAAACGGAUGCAUGAUGAGAAGAAAAAAUCGAUCUGUGUCAAGAAAACUAUUCUGGAGAUGCGCUAUGGACCAGAGGUGGCGGCAGCAGUGGCAAAUGAUCCAUCUGCAGUCCAUAGACUUCAGGAGCAGUCCAGAGAACAUCACCAGUAUCAGCACCACCAUGGAGGCAAACUUCCCCUCUCCACAUCCUCUAGCUCAGGAAUGCUCCACUCAGCCAAUACCAGUUCUUCCAGACUCUCAUGUAUCCCACAAGUGGAAAAAAUGGCCACUGCCUUUUCAGAGGCCAUGGCUACAACUAAAGGAAACUAUAUGGAUGUCAGAACUGGAGGGGCAGUGGACGGUGGACAUGGUGGGAUGAGGGGGGAGGACUUGAGGGACGAUGAUGUAACUGAUGUUGGGGAGGACUCGGAUGAUGAUGGACAUGGCUCUGCAUCAGAGAUUUCCACCAUUGCCAUGGAGGUAGACAAGGUUAACCAGAUCAUUAACAACUGCAUUGAUGCAUUGAAAUUAGACGCAGCGGCAGUUGCUGCUUCUGGGGUCUCUUCUAACCCUACAGCCUCCUCCAAUCCCACCUCACCUCCCCCCACCAGUGCAUCAUCCCUAACUCGUGGCUUAAUCCCACUCUCCCAAGGGUUAUCAGAGACUUGCCAGGUCAUGGCUCCGAUCAAAAUACCCCCUCCACCUCCACUCCCUGCCUUGAAUGCCCCUCUCUCUGAGCGCCCAGGGAUCAGUGGCGGGGGCUUUGUUGUAUCUCCUCCCUACAGGCCCCCUCCUCCAGCCACUGCUGUACGUCCCAUUCAGCGGCAAAUGAGUGCAGAUGCAGCUGUGGUAAUUGUAAAUUCUGUCAAGAAACAAUGCAGCACCACCUCUUGUGGAUCCAUGGGUCGGGACAGGGAACGUGGAGGAGCUCGGUUGUAUAGCCUGGAUGUUCCUGAACCACGGAGUCCAGAUGCCUGUAAUCAACAACAGCAGCAGUACCCAGACAGGGCUAGUCCCUUGGGCUGUGGGGAGCCCCUAGAGAGGUUGCCUUUAGUGGGGAGUGGGGGCUGUGGCGGAGGGGGUGGUGGUAGUUGCGACACUGGUGGUGUUGGUGCCCAACAUCAAGAAAGUCAGAAGACACACCAUUACCAUCAACAGCAACACAUACAACAGCAGCAGCAGCAGCAGCAGCAGCAACAGAAGCAGCUGGAGGUGCAGCAAGACUACCACUGCUCGGAGCACCGCCACUCUGUCCCAGCUCUCUACUAUGAAGGCUCCCACCAGGGCUCCCCAGCCCAGCGGGUUUCAUUCCUAAAGCCCCUAACGCGUUCACGGAGGGAUGCAGCAUCUUACUCACAGCUUUCACCGGCCCGCCACCAGUCCAGUUACUCUGGCUACUCCUCCAGCCCAGAGUACUCCUCAGAGAGCUCACUGCGGAUCUGGGAGCGCUUUCGUCCCUACCGAAAAGGCCAGCGUGAUGAGGCCUGUUAUGUGACGGCUGGAAAUGCCCUUCGAAAAAAGGUGCAGUUCGCCAAAGGCGAGGAUCUGCAUGACAUCCUUGAUUAUUGGAAGGGUGUGUCAGCACAGCAGAAGCUGUAACUGUGGGACCAAAGUCAAGCAUUGUGGGGAAAAGGAAUUUGGAUACUUAUUUUCCUGACAGGCCAGUGGGCCAGAGAAACCAUUUGCAGUAAUGGGGAGAAAAAUGUAUGACAAAAUUUUGCCUCUGGUUUUUUUUGGCAUGCUAGGUGUGUAGAAUAUUGUGCUAAGAGCAAGGACUGUGAAACUGUGCCUGGGAAACGUGAGUAAUUUUGGUUUUAUUUUACACUUCACUGUAGCUCUAUUUCUGUAUAAUUUUCAUUUAGUUUUUGUGAGUUUUAUUCACAGCACAGGGAGCAAAUGCAAACUGUGUGAUGUAGUACCGUUUGAGUGAUCACAUUUUGUGAACAAUGAACCAUCUUAGCAGUGCCAUGUUUUCAUCUAUGGGUAGUCACUGAAGGUAAACAUUGAUACCCUACACUUUAAGGUUGUGGGAUCCAAGAUUUUGUUUCUCAUUCUGCAGUGUUUACUUUGAUAUGUUGGACUUCUACAUGAAGGUAGACUAUGAAAGAGUGGGAAUUGUGCUCUGUUAGAAAUGACAAAACGCUGAACAGUCAACAGAUUUGUCAAAUGCUGGCCCUAUCUCUUACCAUGAGAUCUGUCAUGCAGCUGAUAUAUUUGCAUUUCAGUAUCAUCUGUGAUACAAUAAGAGAAAUUAGGAAGAAAUGAACAACUAAACCAUGAAAAGACUCAAAAAUCUUGCAACAUAAUGAAAUCAUGAUAAAGUGGAACCUAAAAAGUGUGCACUGAUUGCACCCUGAGGUGUAAAGCACAUAUACCCAACAUACAAUCUCGCAUAAUUCAUUGAGUGAU